AUGUUUUCCUGCAAAUACGAUGGCUACGAGGAAGACUCCUCCUCAAGCAACUCAACUGAUAAUGAACAGGAUUUUCGGAAUGCUGAUGCUUUCGAAAAAAUGAUGAAUCUGGAAUUGGAAGCUGAUAUGAAAACAUUAACACAAUGCUACCGCGGUCGAGAGGCUGCUACUUCAAAAGCAGAAAAGUUGGACACUCAAACAAAUGACGAGCUAUUAUAUGACCCGGGUGAAGACGACGCCAAUACUGAAUGGGUUAAAAAGUUACAGGAAAACAGCCAAGGCGGCGAAACCGGAAGUGAUGAAACUGAUGCCGUUCUUAACUGUCCAGGAUGCAUGACCCUCCUGUGCCUAAAUUGCCAGAGACAUGCAAAGUACAAAACUCAGUACAGAGCUUUGUUCACGUUCAAUUGCAAAGUGGAAGAUAAGCCCCUCCACCUGCCACCAGGUAGCGACACUUCCAACUUAUCCAAAGUAACUAUCGAAGACAGCCCAUCGAUUCACGAGUCGGAUAAUAGCGAUAUCUUUCAUCGAGUUAUUUGCGAGGUCUGCAACACCCCUGUUGGCCUCUGUGACUCCGCUGGUGUUUAUCACCUCUUUGGUGUACUCGCAAGCCACAGCUAG